CUUAUUAAACGGUGCAUGUGUCAUUUAUGAUAAGAGUUAAUAACGAGCAUAUCUUUGAUCUAAUUGAAUUAUAAUUAAUUACACAGACAAAAGUAAGGCCAAUUUACCACAGUUAAGUAACUAAACUCUUCUGUAGCAAUUGUUAGUUGCUUACCGAAUGUUAAUAAGUGUGCUACCGCCAUAGUAAAAGAUGAAAGUCCCGAAGAAGCGAGGAAAGAAUUUAAGUUUAUACCGUUGCUUCGAGUGGAUCUAUAUGAUCUUAUACUAUACUGGCUGUCUUUGCUUUCAACUACGUGGUGAAUCAUUUCAAUUAACAAAGGCCAACAUUAUUUACACCAAUUUUAUACAAAUAUCUUUAAUAUUUGGAUUUCUCGGUAGCGUACUAUUGAAAUACAUGGAUGAUGAAAGCUAUAAUGCCAUGUUCAAUCGCUUAUCACCAGUUUUCAAAUUCAUACUCGCAAUGGAAUGCUUCGUGAGUGCGAUGACGUAUAUUGCUGUCUGCAUAAAAAUGCAAACAAACAGAUACAAACAUUUGAAACUGCUCCGAGAAUUCAAGGAACUGGACGCACAAAUGCAAAUCGAUUUCAACUAUAUUAAAUGGAAUUAUCAUAAAACAAUGCGUAAAUUUACAAUAUUUACCCUAAUUGGCAUGACUUACUAUUUUACUGUUUCGUUUAUUUAUCUGUUUAAAUUGUCGAAUUGCAAUUGUGAUUAUGUAGUAACGUUUGUGUUUGCUCUGUGCUAUGCUAGCAUUACUCUUGCACCAGGUUGUAUAUUUUUCCUGCAUUUGGGCAAGAUGGACCUGCUACGCAUACGUUACCGUCUAAUAAAACGACUUUUGAAGCAGCAAUAUGUGUUAGCAGUGGAUUUGAAGCAUCAGCAUAAAUUUGAAAUGCGCAUUUCGCGCCUUAUCGAUUAUUGUAAGAGCUAUAUUCAACUGAUUUUACAAGUAAACGACGUGUUUGGCAUCGUGAGCGGGUUUAGUUUGUUCCAUGAUUUCGCUAUGCUUACAAACAUGACAUUUCUGAUGUGUCAAAAGGCAACGGAAACAAAAACAACUGCCAAAGAAUAUAUAUUCAUAUUCCUAUUUAUGUUGCCGCGAAUUUAUAAGGUAAUCAUAUACGCGGUAUAUGGAUACGUAACGCAGAGGGAACGACGGGAUUGCACCCAUGAGGUCAGAAUGUGUGAGCGAUAUUUAACGUGCUCCAAAGUGACUCGCAGUAAGUUGGAAGCAUUCCUGCACUGGCAAAUGCAGAACACAUAUUCGUUUUUGGUUGGGAAAGUGACGACUUGUAACCUUUUUUUGCUUUAUGCGACCGCUAAUAACAUUGCGAGCAGCGUUCUCAUCUUAAUACAGUUACAGUUCCAACAAAACAGCAUUACCAAUCGUAUGAAAAACCAACCAAUGCUAAAAGAUGUAGAAUUUAUAUAACGGAAAUCAUGAAUUUAUUAAAUUAAAGUGCUUGGCAUAUAAUAACAAAAAAUAUUUAAUACUGAAACCAUUUUCGUAUAUAAAGUCAUGUGUUUACAAACUCAGGCCAUAAGUGUGACAUUAAUAAACAAGGAUAAUAUACGAAUACAUACUUCAUGUACUGAAAAUUAAGUGGUGCAUUUUAUCAAAAAUAUGAUAAUAAAAAAUUAAAAUGCUUAAAAUCGAAACG